UUAAGCAACAUUUUAAUACUAUUUUCCAAUAUAUGAUAAAUAUAUUCUAUGUAUAAUAAAUGUAAAAAUCCCAAAAUGCAUGAGGAAAUUAACAAAAAAAUAAAUUGCAGUUGAAAAGACGGUAGAAUAAUGGUUUUUUCUUAUUAUUUGGCUACCUGUGGCUGGCUAAGAGAUUGAUUUUCCUUGUACCGCUUUCGGGAAUAGAAUGGAAUCCGGGAUCAAAGUAUCCAGAGUAGCUUGUCCAUAAAAGCCCAGUUUAGCUGGCAAAUGAAAAAGACGAGUUAGUGGAAUGUCGAUCAUUGAGUUGGCGAAGAUAUUGGUUCUCAAUUUAAUAGUUCAAUCAUGAUUGAACAAAUAAUACUUAUAUAUAUAUAUAUUGACUACAAAUGGAAGAUAAAAGAAAAGAGCAACUAAGCUAAGACAUCCUGGCAAAGCUGGGGCACCACACUAGUUGGCAACAGUUUCCAAACACAUUAACUACAAUUAGUUCUAGUUGCAUAUUUUCCUAGAGCAUCCGCCGCCAUAUUGUGCUCCCAUGGAAUGUGAUGCACCGAGAUUUGUCAAUCCUGAUUAAUCUUGUCCCAAACCUGCAGAAUUACAUCUAUAUGCCAGAAAUGACAGACAUCCUACACACCUGUUACCGCAUCAACUAACUCGACACAAUCGGAGAAGGAAACCACCUUGCGAUAGCCCAACUCCCAAACAUGUUGUGAGCCUUCAUUGAGAGCCUGCAGCUCCGCCAAGAACGCUUCACCAACACAAAAGCCACCGUGAACCCAGACAACCAUCUCCCAUCUUCAUCCCGCAGAAUACCUCAUCCACCAAUUGUAUUCCUCCCCAGCACCAUGCUCCCAUCCACACACAUCUCCACGAACCCUGCUUCCCCAGAACUAGGCAUACCCGUACUCCCCACAACACUAUUCAUUCUUCCCCAUUGUUGAAACUCAACAACCGCCACCUGAAUCCUUCGGAACACCACCUCUACCGUCCACGGAACCAGUUCGAAGAUUACAUUAUUCCGCAUAGUCCAAUUUUCUUAAUUUUUUUCAUAAUUUUAAAAUAUAACCCGUUAAAAUUUAUUCUUGCUAGUUCAAAACGGUUCUUACUUCUUCAAUAGCACCAACCAGCCACUUGAUUGAUUUUCGAUUCAAUUAGUUGGUCUAGUUUGAUUUUCAAAACUAUGGCCAAAAUAGCUCACCAAUUAGCCCAAUAAGCCAAAUUUUCACUUAUUUUUAUGGUACAUUUUUAAGUGGAGGUUUUUCAGCCCUAACCCACACAAUUCACUCAUUAAGUUCUUUAGGAUAUGGUUAGCCUCAAGAUCAACCCACAUUAUCAUUUUAAUUUAUAUGGGGUUCUUAAUUUUUUAUUCAAAAAUUAAGAAAAUCCAAUUCCUAAAUUUUUGCCUAAUCUGCAUCCCUAAAAACCCGGACUUUCCGAAUUUCGUAGAAAUAUCACAUCAAUAUCACUUAAAACCCUUGUUAUCGCCCAUCAUUUAGGUUUGAGCAGUUGUAUAAUUGCAUCGAUUGACCUCUUUGUGUCACGAGCUAUCUUCCUCUUCAUAACCAUUGUCGCGACAAGCUCACGAUUUGGACCCACCACCCAUUGUCAACGUGUAGUCCCAUCCUUGUCAUUCCAUCGCAUCAUCUCUUCAAUCAGCUUCUCAACUUCAUAACAAACUCUCUCCUCUUCGGAGCCAUUUUCGCGACAAGCUCAUGAUUUGGACCCACCACCAAACCUCGAAGCGACAUUGUCAACGUGUAGUCCAAUCCUUGUCAAUUCAUCUCAUCAUCUCUUCAAUCAGCUUCUCAAUUUCAUAACAUAAUAGAUGACUCACACACAUGGAGGUGGACGGGGCCAGGAGGAAGGGGGUUGCAUCCCUGGACGUGAUCGUGGUCAGGGACCGCUUAUGCCACAAAGAACAACGUACCGUAAGCUCCGACAAGCUAGGAAGGCCUCAGCUCCACAACCACUUAUUCAAGAGCCUGCUCAUGAAGAGCAGGAUCCUGUGACACCAGCAGCAGCUCAGCAAGAGCAUGUGGCACCUCAGGAGGAGCAUAUGCAACCAGCAGCUCAACAACAACCUCUUGUUCUUCAACGGGACCCUCCGUUUCCUGGAUGUCGUAAGGAUCUUUCAUUGCUUACAUCACGCCGCGUGGUACCAUUUUUGUAUCACGCCUUGCUACGGACCCGCCCGAUUGACCCGAAGAGAUUUCGUGCAAAGUUCAUCCCAGGAAUGGAAUACAUUCCCAUCAAUGAAAAGUUCUAUGAUUCCAACAAGGAUGACCUGCUUAACUUCAAGAAGCUGUGGCUAUAUGAUCCAGUUGAUAAUGUGUCUCUGCUCAGUAUUAACUUUGUUGAUGAGAAGCCAGUAUUCAAAGAUGAUCUUAAGUAUUUUGUUGAUUUAUAUCAACUUCAGUCUAAAUGUUGGAUUCACUUUGAGUACAAGAGUGAUGACCGUUUCGACAUUUUUAUUUUGGGUCGCGAUUUAAAAGAGAUUCAUUAUCCUCCUCCUAUGGGGCGCAAAAUCGUUUUUCCUCCUAUCUCCCCAAGUGUUCCUCCUACAAGGCCAAAUGUAGCUAUGGAUGUGGACUCUGAUUCAGACUCUGAUACUGAAUUGGUGUUUCGUGAUCCGACUAGGGACUAUUCCUGCAGAUACUACGACUCAGACUGAGUUAACGCUGAUUGAUAGCAAUGGCAAGAGGUUUGAAUGUUUUAUUGCCCGUGGGUGGAGUAAAAAUCCUCCAAAAAAGUUUCUUGGAGAUGGAUGGGACCGGUUUCGCAAUUUCCAGCAGCUGCGUGAUGGAGAUGUUUGCGUUUUAAGCAUGGAGAAAAUCCAAUGUAAUGUUUUGUUGAGAUUCGUCGUGCUCGUGCAUAAGAAUUUGUACACUAUCUUUUUAUCAUUACCAGAUUGUUGAGGGAAUGUGGUUAUAAUUUAUUUUGAAAGACUAUGCGUUGGCUGCUUUUAGUGGUCAAAGACACUUCGUUUGUUCGUUUGUACUCCCUCUGUUUCUUAUGAUAAAUAAUUCUGAUUCUCAUACACUAAUUGCAGGAAGAAUCAAGUCAUUUUCACACUUUGGGGAGGUCAUGCUGAUACUAUACUCAAAUAUCUUAGGCUUGUCCUUAGGCUAGUGUGGUUUUAUCCUUAGCCUUGUAGGCCAGUUGAGAGCUUGGUUGUUACUAGUCUGUGUUCUGGUCACAGACCUAGAGUGGGUCAUGACAAAAUAUAAAAAGUUGGUUUGAUUUACAUAUGGAAAGCCUAUC